UACUUUUCUCAUUGCUUUUCUCUGCUCUGGAUUUAACUAAAAUAAAUAAAUUAAUGUUGGUGUUGUUGUUUGCUUGUAUGUUAAUGUGCACAUUGUUACGUGCUGUGUGGUGUUGUAUGUUAGUAGUUAUUAUUAUUUCCGAUUCGCACUUUAGCGAUGUCCGACAUAUUAUCGACUUGCUGUCGCCUCUGCUUAUCAUCUAAGGACUUGAGGUGGAUAUUUGUCGAAGAACCUUCAGAACUUCGGUCCAACUUACUGUAUUUAGCAACUGGAGUAAAGAUUCUUCCAGACGAUGGUCUUACCCAAAAAAUAUGUAAGUUCUGCACAAUUUUGGUGAAUCAAUCUCUAAAAUUACGGAAUAAAAGUCAGAAAACAGACGCAGAACUGAGGAAACUAGUCGGUGAAAGUAUCUCAGAUUCAGACAUUCAAUUAGAAGAAGAGCAUGAUCAAUUUACAUCAAAAUCUACACGGAAGAAAUCUAAAUUAUUUGAAGAUUCAAAAACAAAUCAGUCGUUCGAUGUGCUUAGUUGGAAUCACGAUAUCAAAAGUAACAUUAAAAAUGAGAAUACUAAAGAAUUGUCACUCUCAAAAAAAAUUAAAUCACGAACGUCAAAGCGAAAACGGCUAAAACUUAGCGAUAUACCACAAAAUACGAAGCUGGUUCAGAAGCUAAACGAAGAAGUGAACAAUGAUUACAUACCUACAUCCGUAGAUAUAACUGAGUCAGAAUUAACGUACUAUGAAUCUUCUGAUGAUGCAAAUUGCAAUGUAUUAAGCGAAUCAAAGGAUACUGAAGUUAGGCCGAGGCCUAGGAGACCAAAGGAAGUAAUAGAGAAAUACAUGGCGUUAGCAGUCCAGCCGAUACCAAACGAGGGGCCAGUGGAAUGUAACCUGUGUGGGACGGUGAUCAAGUAUAAGAAGUUCUUCGUCAACCAUGCGAGGACUCACUUCGAACCGGAGUACCCUUGUGAUCAAUGCGACAAGAAGUUCUUCACUGGAAGCGUCCUGAAGUACCACCAGCAACGCAUGCAUGGCGCCGAAAGACGGAAAGUUUGUCCCGAGUGUCCCUUCCGCGCUGUGGACAAUAGGCGUUUGCAGCUUCAUAUGCGCUCCGUUCACACAGGAGAGCUGCCGUUCGUGUGUAACGAAUGCUCCAAAGCCUUCCUCGAGAGAGAACGGCUAAAACAACACAUGAGGACGCAUUUCGGCGUUCGGAAUGUGCAGUGCGACCGCUGCGCCGCGCUGUUCAAAAGCCGCUCGGAGCUGGCCAGCCACAGGAACAAAGUGCACCUCAUGAGCUACACCUACUACUGCUACCUGUGCCCGAGCAAGUUCAAAAGCGUCAGUUCGACGAAGAACCACAUCGUGAAGGUCCACGGCAUUCCUAGAGAGCAACACCCGCGCAUCCGGCAGCACAAGGCUCGAAGGCUGAGCACGGACCAGCAAAGCGGCGGAACAUCGUAAUAUACUAUACUAGCUGUCCCGGCGAACUUUGUUCCGCCUUAAUGGCAAUAAAUAAGCAGACUUUUUUUUAAUUUCGAACGGGAUAAA